AUGCGCAUUUUGCUUGCUAACCACGAAAUACCAGACUUCAUUAAAGAAGAAAUUCUUACUGCAAAAAAAGCAGGAAUUGCAAUACCGCAAAUCCAAUCUCUUCUUACAAUAAAAUACAGAACAGUCGUGAAGGAGUGGUUAAUAAAGGAUGUGUAUAAUCUGGUUGAUGCUGAUUGCACGUUGCGUAAUAAAUUUCAAGCCCACAAUUUUCUUCUUCUCUUCCAACAAAAACAUAAUAAUGACUCCGAAUUUUCUUACAAAUUUGUAUUGGAUAAAAAUGACUGGUUGAAACAUGUGAUCUGGGUGUAUGCUGCACAAAAACGACAAUAUAUGCAUUUUCAUGACACGAUUGUGUACGAUAACACAUAUAAGAGCAAUUAUUUUUUGAUGCCUUUUGGGGUGUUUACAGGCGUCACCAAUAACGGUCUCACUUAUUGCGCUGCUGGUGCACUACUUCGUGACGAAACAUCUUCGAGUUUUGAAUGGCUUUUCAAAGCUUUUAUUCAUAUAUUCGGCACCGCACCUAAUACUAUUCUUACUGAUAACGAUCUCGCGAUGGCUGAUGCUAUCUGUUCUGUCCUUACCAAUAAGUCCAAUAUGACCUCUAAGCUUGGAAUGAAGUAUAAUAUAUUUCACACAGAUCUUAUGAAAUGUUUAAGUCAUUAUAUUGACAAAACCGAGUUUAAAAAGCAAUGGAAAUGUAUAAUAGAAAAUGAAAACUAUGCUGAGGCACAGUCGUACCUGGGAGUUCUUAGUCGGUGGCGUGAACGGUGGGCCUCAGCAUAUUUAAAAGAUUAUUUUUUUGCUGACAUGUUGUCAACGCAGAGGGGUGAAUCAAUGAACAGUCUUUUAAAGAGCUUCGUAGAUUGUAAAACAAGGCUCACGGAAUUUUUAGCAGCCUUUGAGCAUGCACUUUACUUUUGUGAAGAGGCGGAACAUAUUUCUGCUUACAAAGAGCUUGUCUACCCCAUACCUUCAGAUUUUCCAAAUCCAAUUGAAAACCAGGCUGCUAACGCAUAUGCGUGUGAGGAAAUAACUGAUGACAAUGGAGUGUGUUGUUUUAAGCUGUCAUGUUAUGAAAGGCCUGAUGUUAUACGUCGUGUCUACUAUGAUGGCAAGGUGCUUGCUUGUUGCUGCCACAAUCUCGAAUUUGCUGGAAUAGUUUGUCGCCAUUCCCUUGCAGUUGCGGUUCACCUGUCUCUCGCUCAACUCGAUCCUGUCUACUUUCCAAAACGCUGGCAAAAGGACCCGCCCGAGUUGGAGCUUGCAAAAGACUAUGUUAAUUUUUAUAGCCGUACACAACCACAAGAUCCAGGAACUUUAGCAUCACAUAAAUCAUUUGGUGAAGGUGACUCUCAAAUCCGAUUUAUGCGUAUCCAUCAACUAUCAGGAGAAAUCGCAAACAAAAUUGCAAUGGAUCCCCAUAAAUGUGCAGAUUUUACGUCAUACUUCGAAAAAUAUCUGGAGGCAUUAUAUGAUGCUGACAAUGAUCUUGUUUCAAUUUAUGAGAAUGCAUCGGCAUCCCCGGAACAUCCAAUAAUUAACAAUCCUAUAAAAAGCAAGGCCGUUGGCCGACCAAAAAAAGGAAGAAUUAGGUCCAAGAAGGAAAAAGAAGGAAGAAUUAGGUGUAAGAAGGAAAAAGAACAAAUUAGAUGUGAGAAGGAAAAAGAAAAGAAAAAUAUGCCCCCU